ACAAAAUGUAAACAAACUUUUCCACCAAAACUAUAUUUUAAUUUAUAAAUUUUAAUUUUUUAAUUAAUGUAUAUGUUAUGUAUUGUUUUCUUAUAAUGCAAUAAUGACUCUUAAAUGUAUUGCGCUUCAUAUACUCUUUUAUUUAAUUUUGUGUAUAACAGAAAGUUGCCAAAAUAAUCAAGAUGAUAUAACCGUGCAUGGUCCGGGUCUACAACCUUCAAUUAUUGUUAUGCCGGCGAGAUAUUUUUAUGUUAACUUCACGUUUAUAGAUGAAACUACGUACACUUCGGAGUUAGUAAACGACUUAGCCAUUGAAAUAAAGGGUAACUCGGCUAAAAGUAAUUUCUGUAGAGCAUGGACUAAUAAGUUGGACCGAAAAGAUGGCACAUUUAUCAUACGUUACAAAAUCUAUGAUACCUGUUUUGAUCUAUCCAUCAAUAUUUACUACAGAAGAAAACAUAUUAAAGGCUCUCCUUUCAAAUUCACAGAUCCAGUACUUCCAGAUGAGUGUGAAUGUGCAGAGGAAAACAUUCAAACUUGGUUGGAAAAGUAUAAUUGUCCAAGAUCCUAUGCACAGAUCAAUGAAGAUUUGAAACAAUAUCAAAAUGUGAAUAUGAAACUUCAGGUCAAGAAAAUAAUAGAUAGGUUUCAUAAUCCCGAAAGUACUAGUUUCUGCCACUAUGUAGUCAAGAAGAACCAAGUUUACAGAGACUGCUAUGGAAAACAUGUAGGCUUUAACAUGUUUGCUGACAAUAUUCUGCUGUUUUUGGCUCGAAAAGUUGUUUUGCCUGACAUGGAGCUGGUGAUAAACCUAGGAGAUUGGCCUUUAGUGAAAAGAGGCACUGAACCAUUACCUGUUUUUUCAUGGUGUGGCAGUGAUGAUACAUUAGAUAUUGUUAUGCCAACCUAUGACCUAACAGAAUCAAUGAUAGAAAAUAUGGGAAGAGUGACAUUGGAUACCUUGUCAGUACAAGGCAGCAUAGAACGGCGUUGGGGAGAUCGUGAACCGCGUGCGUUUUGGCGCGGUCGCGACUCUCGCGCCGAACGUCUCAAGCUCAUUGACAUUGCCCGCGACAAUCCCGAGCUCUUCAACGCAUCCCUCACUAAUUUCUUUUUCUUUCGCGACAAAGAAGCGCAGUAUGGGCCUAAGCAACCUCAUAUUUCCUUCUUUAAGUUUUUCGAUUACAAAUAUGUGAUAAAUGUGGAUGGAACAGUGGCUGCAUACAGAUUACCCUAUUUGCUAGCUGGCGGUGGAAUGGUUUUGAAGCAGGAUUCGCCAUAUUACGAACAUUUCUAUAGCCAAUUACGUGCUUGGGAGCACUAUGUCCCAGUGGCCAGAGACCUGUCGGAUUUGAAGAAGCGCGUGAUUUGGGCGAGGGAUCACGAUGACGAGGCGCGGAAGAUAGCUGAGAACGCGAGGAAAUUUGCAAACGAAAACUUAAUGCCGGUUCAUAUUGCGUGCUAUCAUGCUGUUUUGUUUUCGGAAUGGAGCAAGAGAAUAGUUAGCGAUGUGAAAAUACCCAAUGAUAUGACUAAUGUGCCUCAACCAAAAUUUCCUUGCCAUUGUAAAUCGAAAGGAAACCAUGAAGACUUGUGAGAACGACCUAAAUAGAAACGAAGAAGAAAAUGUCAACCAAAGCAACUAAUUAGCUAACAUUCCAGUAUAAUUUUUGAAUCUUUUAUAGUUGUUAAGCAAUGGAAUAAUCUCAAGUAGUACAAUAAUAGAUAAGCAUAGUUUGUAUGAACGAAAUAUAAUAUUGCAUAAUACAUACAA